CUAAUACCUAGCUUUAGCUUUAUAUUUUUUAUAUUAAUUAGAACGUUAGCUUCUACGUUAAGCGUAAGUAAAAGGGCCCCGGCGGGCUUAUCAAUAAGCUCGACGUUAAUUAUAAUAAGGAGGCUACUAAAAAUAAAGCUAUUUAGAACCUUAAUAAUAAAGCCCGGGCUAAUAAGACCCUUAGCCUUAGCUAGUAGCCUUAGGAAAUUCUUUAUAUACUUACCGGCUUUUAUUAACUAUAGGCUUAUAUUAUAUAUAGUAAUACUAAGGAUAAUUUUAACGCUACUUAGGACCGCUUAUUAG